CACCGGGUUUGUUGUCAUUUGAGAGGAAGCUUUUGUGCGUCGGUGAUCCUCGUUUCGAAUUUUGUCGGUGAAAAUGACGGUAGAGGCGAUGGAAGUAACUACAAAUGACAAGGAGAAAGAGAAGGAGAAGGAGACCGAGACAGAAAAGAAAGAUCCGGAUACAUUAUCGCUGAAGGAUUUAAAGGAGCAGAUACCUGUUGAACGCAGCAUUGUGAGCAAAGAACCUAGGUUUGUCCUUCGUGUGCUGCGAGCACUCCCUGCUACAAGGAGGAAGCUUACCCCCAAUGUACUCCGCUCCCUUGUGGCUACUUACUAUGGGCGACCAGAGAACAAGCAGGAGAGGGAGUCCAUCCUCCAGUUCAUUGAAGAGCCUAUGGACACAGAGGCACCUCCACAAGCCAACUUGGGGCGUCAGCGUAGCCAGUUGGUGCUAGAGGUCGAUGUCUAUAUCCAUCUCUUGGUUCUACUGCGACUUCUGGAUACCAACAGCAAUUCAGAUGCUAUUAAGUGCUCAGAUCUGUUGAUGAACAAAGUGACAUCAGUAAACAGGCGCACCCUUGACUUGCUGGCUGCACGCUGUUAUUUUUAUCACUCACGAGCUUAUGAAGUUAACAGCAGACUGGAUGAAAUAAGAGGAUUUUUGCACCAGCGUCUGUGCCAGGCUACUCUCCGCAAGGACCAUGAAGGACAGGCUGUCCUUAUCAACUGUCUCCUGCGCAACUAUCUCCACUACUCCCUCUACGACCAGGCACAGAAGCUGAUUGUCAAGCUUGAGUUUCCUCAACAGGCCAACAAUAAUGAGGUAGCACGGUACCACUACUACAUGGGUCGCAUCAAGGGUAUCCAGUUGGAGUACUCAGAGGCUCACAAGCAUCUCAUUCAGGCUCUUCGCAAAGCUCCACAGCAGACAGCUGUAGGCUUCAGACAGUCCGUACAGAAGUUGGCAGUAGUAGUGGAACUCCUGCUUGGUGAUAUCCCAGAGAGACAGAUUUUCCGUCAGGCCAUCAUGCGCAAAGCUCUGGCUCCUUAUCUCCAGCUGACACAGGCUGUUAGGCUGGGUAAUUUAGUGCAUUUUACAAACACACUCAAUGAAUAUAAGUCUAAGUUCCUGGAUGACCACACAUUCAUGCUCAUCCUCCGUCUGCGCCACAACGUCAUCAAGACAGGCUUACGAGCUAUCUCGCUCUCCUACUCGCGCAUCUCCCUAGCUGAUGUUGCUGCCAAGUUGACUCUGGGCUCACGGGAAGAUGCAGAGUUCAUUGUAGCAAAAGCCAUUAGGGAUGGUGUCAUUGAGGCUGUGAUUGACCAUGAGCAUGGAUAUAUGCAGAGCAAGGAGACUGUUGAUGUAUACUGCACUCGUGAACCACAGUCAGUGUAUCAUCAGCGCAUUUCCUUCUGCUUGGAUAUCCACAACCAGUCGGUCAAGGCCAUGCGCUACCCCCCCAAGUCAUACAACAAGGAUCUUGAGAGUGCUGAGGAACGACGAGAACGGGAGCAGCAGGACCUGGAGUUGGCAAAGGAGAUGGCCGAGGAAGAUGAUGACAGUUUCACGUAGGCUGCCAGUUUCCCUCCUCUUUACCUCCGGAGGGUAGAGCGCGCUUGAAUGAGAGAGUACUGGUGUAAUGUAGACAGAAAGAAAUGUAAUUGGUCAGGGCUAAAUGCUCUAUCAGGAAUAUAAAUUAGGCUUUCGAAAUCCAUUUCCGUAUUACUUUGUCUCCCUUUUUCCUUUCCAUGUUGUAGGGAUAAUAACUUAUAGUUUAUAAUUUCUGGAAAAUGUGGUUUUAUUUUCUUGAAGUAUCUUUGCUCUUGUUAAUAAAGGAAACUUUGUUAU